GGAUAAGAACCGCAUGCGGUAAAUUGUUAGAAUCCAACUUCUAUUUGGACGUUUUGUACACCCUUUGUUCAUAAUAUUCAGUUAUUUUAUAAUACUCAACAUAUUUUUUAUUUAAAUAGUUUCAAAUUAUUAUAACACGAAAAUGAUGUCUCAGAGCGGUGCCCCGAUCUUGGUGUUGAACACCAACACAAAAAGGAAAUUUGGACAUAAGGUUCAAUUAGAAAACAUUGCAGCUGGUAAUAAUUUUUCGUUUUUAAAUGUUUUAAAUAACAAAAUUAUACUUUAUAUAUAAUUUAUUUAUCUCUAUAACGCUAAAAGUAUCCAAGUCAUUAUAUUAUAUUUAUAUGAGUGGCUUGUUUUAAAACGUAGGAACUUACGAUCAUCAUGAUUAUGUUAAUUUAUAUGUGUCUAUAUUUUAUACUUAAAAACAGUAAAACCAAAUCCUUCUUGUGCGUUUUUAUCCUCAUUUUUAACAAGUUUUAGUAAUAAUUCAUUAAAAUAAAUAAAUUAAAAACUAAAAUGGGUAGGUACUUCUCUUUUAUACAAGAGUACAAAGCUAUCUUGUUUUACGAAAUAUCACAAUUUUGUUAUUCAAGACCACCAAAAUUUGCCACUUUCUUUUUAUCACAGACUACCUUAUUAAUUUUUUUUCUCUUAACAAAUCAUAAGUACUUAUAGUUCUUUGUAUAGUGUUUUAGUAUACAUACCUAUAUAUAAAUUGAAUUAUAAAUAAAAUACAUACAGAAAUUGUAUAUAUUUUUUAAUUAAGUUUAAUGAUUCAUUGUAUUCAUUGUAAAAAUUAUAAUUGAUUUACAAUAAUGGUAUGCAAUAUUUCUUGUUCUACCAUUUUACUGAUCCCUACAGAUGUUCUUUAUUUUGAGUUUUUGGUCCGCCUAGUAGAUCUACAAAGUUUUUGCCAUGGUUUACAAUUAAAUGUUUAAAAUCCGCUUUUUGAGUUUAUUAAAAUUGUAUGCCCACCGACCAUCUAAAUAAAUUAUUGAUCGCCCUCUUUAUAUUUAACAAUAUUACAAUCAAAAGAGUAAAUAUGGUUUAUUGAAGAUUCUAGAUCAAUAAAACAUUCUUUGGUUUUGCUAAAAACCCAUUAUUGUGAAAGUAUUCCGCCUGCGUUUUUUUUAUAUUAAAAUAACAAACUUUCAUCUAUCUUAAAUUAUCUACUAUUUCCACUAUCAGUUAAUAAAUAUAAUGUAAAGGAAAACAACGCUACAAAAACUUAUAAUACAAUAAUAAACGGCACCAAAACAUGACACAUGGAUAUCGAUAUGUGGUAGUUCUAAUAACAGAGGUAUUCGUGAUAAUAGCCAUAGUCUCAUAUAACAGAAAAGUACUAAAAAAGCUAUCCUAGAAUAAUGAGGGACGGAUGAAGCCACUGUUAUAGGUAAUAUAACCUGUAAACAACGAUAAACCACUUUUAACAAAAAAACUAUUCUGAGCAGAGUUCAGUUGAUAAUGAUACUUUGUCAACACUAUAUGUAUCAUAUUAUGGUAAAACAAUAAAAUAGGCAUUAUAUAUUUUCUUUAAUAAUAGAAAAGUUAUUAAAAAAAAUCUUAAUAUUUUUUACUAAUAUAUUUCGUACAUUUUUCCCAUUUUCCUCAUUUUUUUUUUUUUUUUUUUUUUUGUCAUUUAAUGAGAAAAUCUAAAUAAUAAGCUACUUUAAAAUCAGAGUAAGAUUUCUGGUGAAGAACAUCUUUAUAAAACCAUUAAUUUUUUCGAUCCACUCAGAAUCUAAAAUGUAUUAACUACAAUAUAUAUGUAAACUAAUAUAUGUCUGUUUGCCCUUUAUGCAUUACUACAUCAUUCAUCCGAUUGAAUUGAAACUUUGGGAAGUUUCCAGAGAGGCUAUUGAAAUCCACCUUCCAAUAAAUUCCAUUCCCUGAAAUUCGGUUUUUAGGUACUUUUAGUAUAAAAAUUGAAUUAUUUUUGUUGAUUUAUGUGUUACCUUGGCAACACGGAUAAAAAAAUCAUAGUUAUUAAUUUGUAUAGUGCAAUCUCUGUACUGUGCAGGUAUCUAUAGUAAUAGCAUAUAAUGAUAAUUUAUUUAUUAAUUUUAUUAGAAACUUGUUUAUUGCAUGGGCAAAGCAGUGCAGGACAGCUUAUUGGCUAAUACCUACUUACUAUUAAACCAAUAUUAAGUACAUAUUAGAAAUUUUAAAAUAUUAUGGUACACAAAUUUUCCAAAGAUCUUUUAAGUUCUAGACUGCCAAUUGAAUUUAUUUAUUAUUGACAAAACCAGUUUUAGGCCAAUUAUACAAAAUAUAAUGUUAGGUAUUAGAAAAUUGUAAUUUGUUAUAAAUGACAACUUACAGAGUAUUACAGUUUUUGUGUUGAGAGCAGAGAAAAAUCAUUUAGAUGGUGGCCGUCCUCUAAAUCUAUUUCCAUCUACUAUUUAAUUUAAACAUUUUGAAUUACCUAAUUUAAUUGGUUGUUUUAUUUUAAAAUAUAGACUUUUUAAUACAUUUAAUUCAAUUUUUUCAGUGCAUAAGCAUACAUUUUAAUAAUAUAUCUAUAAUAAAGAAUAUAUCUCCUUAAUCAUCAUAUUUUAUAUGAGAUAUUUAUAAAAUUACAAUUAGAAAUUUGAAUAUACUUAUUAUUUAAAUUAUUUGUAUGAAUAUUGAUUAUAUUAUAUACUAAAUAUUAAAAUAUAUAUAUAUUUUUUUUUUUCAGGUAAAGCAAUUGCUGAUGUUGUGCGUACAUGUAUUGGGCCCAGAGCUAUGCUUAAAAUGUUAAUGGACCCGAUGGGUGGGAUAGUAAUGACAAAUGAUGGUAAUGCUAUUUUACGUGAAAUUACAGUUCAGCAUCCUGCUGCCAAGUCGUUUAUUGAAAUUGCACGUACUCAAGAUGAAGAAGUAGGUGAUGGAACCACAUCAGUUGUAGUACUCGCUGGUGAAAUUCUUGGUGUUGCAGAACAAUUUUUAGAACAAAAAAUUCAUCCUACUGUUAUAAUCAGAGCUUACCGUCAAGCUUUAGAAGACAUGUUAGAUAUUUUAGAUAAAGAAUACAGUAUUCCAUUAUCUUUGGAUGAUGAGCCAAAAUUAAUUGAAGUGAUAAAAUCUUGUGUCGGCACUAAGUUCAUUGGUCGUUGGUCAGAUUUAGCAUGUAGUAUUGCCUUGAAUGCUGUUAAAACUGUGAGCAUUAAGGAUGAGAGCCGUACAGAAAUUGAUAUCAAAAGGUAUGCUAAAGUUGAGAAAGUACCAGGUGGUGCUAUUGAAGAUUCCCAGGUAUUAAAUGGUAUCAUGUUGAACAAAGAUGUUACACAUCCGAAAAUGAGAAGAUUUAUAAAAAAUCCUAGAAUUAUUCUUCUGGAUUGUACUUUAGAAUUCAAAAAAGGAGAAAGUCAAACGGAAGUUGAAAUUGUUAAAGAAACUGAUUUCACAAGAUUAUUACAGAUCGAAGAAGAAUACAUUCAACAAAUAUGUUCAGACAUUAUUGCCUUAAAACCAGACUUGGUUUGUACUGAAAAAGGAGUUUCGGAUUUAGCACAACAUUUUUUGUUAAAGGCUAACAUAUCUGUGUUAAGGCGUUUGAGAAAAUCUGAUAACAAUCGUGUUGCAAGAGCUUGUAAUGCUACUAUUGUCACUCGUACAGAUGAGUUACGUGAGUGCCAUGUCGGAACUGGAGCUGGUCUUUUUGAAAUCAAAAAGAUUGGUGAUGAAUACUUCACUUUCAUCACUGAAUGUGCUAAUCCAAAGGCCUGUACAAUUUUACUUAGAGGUCCAAGUAAGGACAUUUUGAAUGAAGUGGAACGGAAUUUACAAGAUGCUCUACAUGUUGCUAAAAACAUUAUGUUGAAUCCGAAAUUAGUGACUGGUGGUGGAUCUAUAGAAAUGGCUAUUUCACAAGCAUUAGUUAAGAAGAGUGCUGAAAUAGCUGGUGUAACUCAAUGGCCGUACAAAGCUGUUGCUCAAGCGUUAGAAGUUAUUCCGCGUACACUUUUACAAAACUGUGGUGUUAGUACUAUAAGAACAAUGACAACUUUAAGAGCUAAACAUGCGUUAAGUGGCAAUGAAAAUUGGGGAAUUAAUGGCGAAACUGGAGAAAUGGCUGAUAUGAAGGACCUCAAGGUAUGGGAACCAAUUGUAGUAAAAUCCCAAGUAUACAAAACUGCAAUUGAGACAGCUAUAUUAUUGGUUCGUAUUGAUGAUAUUGUGUCUGGUACCAAGAAGAAGGGUGGUGAUGAUAGUCAGCCAAUAGCAGCACAAGCCACUGAAGAGUCUAUGAAAGAAUAAUUUUUAUUUCACUUUUUUUUUAUAAAUUCCUAAAAUCUUAAUAAAAGUUAAUAAUAAUUUGAUUACUAAUCUUAUGCUACAUGCUUGGGCAUAAUAUAAUUCGAUUAACAAAGUCUGCAAUUACAUUUUUUUAAUUUUAAUAAAAAUUAUUUUUUACUAUUUUGUGGUGUAAUGUUUAUUUUUUCCUAUGUUAAAAAGCUUUAAUUUUUUCUAUAUCUUCAACAAAUGGUUUUUGAAGUUAUUAAAGCAGCUGGUAGAUGAACUGUUUAAUGCAUACUUUUAAUUUAUGUUUGAAGUAAAAAAUAAAAUACAAUAAAUAAAGACAUGCUAAUAUAUUUAUAAAACAGUUUUUUUUUUACCAAUUCAAAAUAUGUUAAUAAACUUAAUGUUUAUUAAGUCAAAUAUUAAAAAAAUAAUUAAUAAUC